UAGAGCUAACGGCUAGCUGCUGCGCAGUUGGGAGUGUGGCUUCAUCACUGGGUGUGGAAGGAAGCGAUAGGGUCAGGAGUUGUAAAUAUGAGAUUAAUACACCUUAUCUGCGCUGUUUUAGAGCUGCGUGGUGCUUUACUAUAAAACACGUUUGUUUUAUUACGAAUAGGUUGUUUGUUUUAAAUUUUUAUCACAAGUUUUCAACAUUGUAAACACUACAGCCGUGGACUCUCCUUUCUUGACUCAAUUUGUUUUGAGACGAUUUCGAGGCUAGUUUCGUCAGGUUGUUGGACAAAGUGACCAAUGGCACCAAAAUAGAGAUAAACCAAACAGGAACCGUGUUGUUCUACCAGCCUGGCUUGUUGUACGGAGGUUCAGUGGAACAUGACUGUAGCCCACAGAGAUCCAUCGGGUACUACCUGGAAGCUUUGCUCAUGUUGGCUCCGUUUAUGAAGAACCCUCUCAAGGCGACCCUGAGGGGAGUCACCAAUGACCCAACUGACCCAACUGUGGAUCUGCUGAAGCUCACAGCUCUGCCGCUGAUGAAGAAAUUUGGCAUCGACGGAGAGGGUUUUGAAAUCAAGGUUGUUAAGAGAGGAAUGGCUCCUGGUGGAGGAGGUGAGGUAGUUUUCACAUGUCCUGUCAAAAGAACCCUCAAACCAGUGCAGCUGACUGAAACUGGGAAAAUCAAGAGGAUCAGAGGAAUGGCAUAUUCGGUGCGAGUUUCUCCUCAGAUGGCCAACCGGAUCGUCGAUUCCACCAGAGCUGUCCUCAACCAGUUCAUUCCAGAUAUUUACAUCUACACAGAUCACAUGAAGGGAGCCAACUCUGGCAAGUCUCCGGGUUUUGGCCUGACGUUAGUCGCAGAGACAUUGGACGGCUUCUUCCUCAGUGCUGAGAUGUCGUCCACACCGCAGGGCCAGGGAGACCCCAUGUUACCAGAGGAGCUAGGUAGAAACUGUGCUAAAAUGCUGUUGGAGGAGGUGCAUCGGGGCGGGUGCGUCGAUUCGGCCAAUCAGAGCCUUGCACUGUUGUUGAUGACCCUUGGCCAGCAGGACGUGUCGAAGGUUUUGCUUGGACCCCUCUCCCCCUACACGAUAGAGUUUCUUAGACACAUUAGAGAUUUUUUCCAGAUUAUGUUCAAGAUUGAGGUCCAGAAGCCUUUAGAAGACGAACGGAAAGGAGGAGACAAAGUCCUGAUGACCUGUGUAGGAAUUGGUUACAGCAACCUCAGCAAGACGUUAAAAUAAAGUCUUUUUUAUACAUAUACAUUGAUGUUGUAUUAAUAGUUUCCUCUUUUAUGUCUGACUGCUGAGUCACAUCCUACUGUGAUAAGGUGUCAAGUUGUCUCCAUGGGUUGGGCAUUGAUGAUGCUAACAGUGCACUAUAAAUUUGAUGUUUUAGCUCAAAACAUUUUUUUUACUCAGAUCAGACAAAAUAAAACUUCCAAUAUAUUUGGCUUUAACGUA